GGCCCAUAAUCCAUCACCACCAGCACUCAACUGCUCUCGCGCCCUCGCUCUCUCUCUCUCCCUCUCACUCUUGCUCGUCCUCGCGCGCGCGCUCUCGUCUUCUUCCUCUCCCGUCUUGACCACCCUCGCCGCCGUCGCCCUCUCUGCUGCAGCAGCGGUCCCCACAUACCGCCCAGCGCGCCCUCUUGCCACUGCCCGUUCAUGCUUACGCGAGCACCUGCCCUCUUCCGCCCGAGGUCACCUGCUCGGCCACCCUCUGCUUGGUACCGCCGAUCUUGACGCAAUCGCUCAACCGUCGACUUUAUCCUCCUGCGAACACGUUCCCCGUCCCACCAACUCUCUCCCGCAAAAUACAAACCUUGUCUUGGUUGCGGUGCUCGCUGUCCCGCGACGGAUGCUCGCGAGACCUUCACCAUGCCGUUUAGAGCGCAGAAGUCGCUCUUGAACCUGGACGAAAAGUCAAUAGAAGCGAUCGACACCCGAAAUGUAAUUGACCUUCACGGGCUCUGGUCCGUAUUCCACAAGUGCGCCGACGCCCUGGAGAACGGGAAGCGCCUCGAGAACCUGAGCUGGAGACUGUUCAGUCGCGAGGCUUUCUGCUGCGCGCCAGACCUGUCGCUUCCCUCCGACCGAGGCCUGCACAGCAAACGAAACACCACGUCCUCGCUCGACCGGGUGCCAGACCUUUCGUCGAGCGUGGACUCCCACUCCUCCAGCGAGGGCCUUGAGUCGUCGUCAAGGGCAUUGCCCACUUCGGCGCGCCCCGAGCUGAUUCGCAAGGCCGUGAUGGAGGGCGGCGCACGGAAGGAGAAACACAUCACGCCGGUUGACCUCGAAAAAAUCGUCGUCUCGAUAAAAUCACGGCAGGACCUGGCCCCGUUAUCACCGUUGCCCCCAGCGCUGGUCCCCUCCGCACCCGCAGUCCACACGACCCACGAGACCGCGCAACACGAGCAGGUCUCCAAACCCGACUCCACACCUCAACCGGACGUGGCUCCUGCGAAAGCCACGUCUCAGUACGUCCUUGACUCAUCCACCUCGACAGUGGCAACCGACGGCUUUUCAGACAUGAGCCCUCCUCUCGCCGGAAGUGAGACCACGGGCACGGACGUGAGCGCAACGAGCAUUGUUCGCGGCUUCUCCAAGGAUCACAUCUCGUGCUCGGCGCGCUCGCACAGCCAGCUACUCCCCACGCCCACGCCUUCUGGUUCGAUCCUCAAGAACUCUGCCACCUACCGCUCGCAGGCGCCACAACAGCCAAAGAAGAAGGGCGCGACCUUUCACCUCGGUAGCUCAUCCGGGGAAUUCGAGAGCUCUUUUGAGAGCAGCUACAUGCAUGGGCGCAGCUCGCUGUCCGAAGGCCUCCGACGUUCGAAGAAGACGACCUCCUUCAACGACCAAGUAUCCACACUUGAAGACGAGUCGCGACCGAAGUAUCAGGACACUGCGGUUUUCGACGACUCGGACGAAGACGACGACGAGGAGCAGUCGAGCAGCGCGAUCGAGGAGGACGAUGGGGAGGAUGACUGGGAGGACGACGACGAACAGAGCGCAUCCUCGAGCGUACAGGAGAGGGAGCUGUUUCAACGCGUCGAUUCGAAGCCCAACCUAGUGUCUCGCCGCUCGCUGCUGACGAGCAUGAUGCACGAGAAGGAUCGGGCAGCGGCACUGCAGAAUGCCGCCUCACGCUCAACUCCUGCCAUCCGCCGCUCCCGAACGACCUCGCCAAACGGUCCUUUAAAUUCGUCACAGCACACGUCCAUCACGCAGGGCCUAGAAGCCUCUCGUGCACGGCCAAUAGUGAUGACCGCUUCCAACACCCACCCUCCAGCUCUGUCUCCGCGCACAACCAGACGAAACAUGCUGUCCACAGAGCUCACGGAGUCUCUUCGGAAACAUAUUCUAUGGGAUCGACAAGUUAACCGGUCCACGACCAACGCGGCACUCAAGCGCAGACAUACUGCGCAGGACAUGACCAAAAUACGACACUUCCCAGGGGAAAACCAUCCGCAAACAUUCAUGGCUUCCAAAGUCCCCCAAUCAGUAAAGAGCUCCUGGAACAAUAACUACUUUGACUCCGGUUUGCAAGAGUAUCACCAAAAAGGAUGGUAGACAAAGACAAAGAAAAAAAACAUCCACGGCGACGACGAGUCAUGACUCUCCCAUUUCGAGUUGCUAACACUUGUGGGUUCAUCAUAGCGAAAUUGGCGUUUCUUUGAUUCUUCUUUUCUCUCCCCCCUCCCCCCCAUCUUGCCUCCCACUUCUCUCACGGACAAUCCUCCGCGGCGAUGGGUCAAGAAUCCACCUCGGACUCAACAUGCUCGAUUAAUAUACUGGAGAGGGCACUUGUACUGGGGGGCAUUUUCAUUUCUGCACGAUACCACCACACGAGCAGCUUUUUCCUCUUCAUAUCAUGGGAUCGCUUUCUACCGCAGCUACUGCUUACGAUGCUUACGGCCUUCUCUGACUCAAACUUGCAUUUGAUUUUUUUUUUCACUUUCACCGCGGCAGCUCUCCAUACAGGGAGCAUGGUUGUUUAGAUGGGAGGGCAUUCGAGGGCGUGAUCAUGGGACAGCAUCAUUUUGGGUGUUAUUGAAGCAUGGUUGGCUGGGCAUGGUGUCUUUCUUAUUUCACAUGCUACCAGCCAGGUACGCGAUCACGAAAGGCCCACUUCAUCAGGUAUCCUUUUUUUUUUGGAACACUUCGGCCCCUCUGCGUUUCCGUGUACCAGUACCGUCAAUACCCAGUAAAGCCAUCUGUACUAUAUUCAAACCAGCCUAUUAUUCUUUGACGAGGCUUAGUCCUGGAUCAUGGCAUGAUUAUAUUUGCGCAGAAAGGGCGGCGCGAGGAUCUCAGAGCCCUCACGGGUUACCUCCUUAUCAUUCUUAGUGUAAAAGCAUCAAUGCAUAAUACCAUAUCGAACCACAUACAAGAG